GUCGCGUUUAUUCAGAGCAAUCCCCCUCCACCGGAUUUUUUUGUCCCACGAAGUGGUCAUUCGGGCAUUUCUAGUCCACAAGAACCCCUCUAGCGGUCAAUUAAUAGUUUACCUUUGCCUCGCCUUGCUUUGCUUCAGGUCAGGUAGAGCCUUGUCUGUUUUCCCCUCCCGCCGCCCUCUUGCUCGCGAGCAACUCCCCUCGUUAUCUCGAAUCCGACAAAGACUCCGUCCCGUAUCUACACAUAGAACAUGUCGGCCUCGCUACCAGGCGCGCGGGAGCUUCCCGCUUCCCAAUAUGACCUUGAAACAUACAUGGGACGGGUACGCCAUACAAUGGGCAUUACAGACCCUACGACCCUGUUCGCGGGCAAGACCGGACUCGAGGCGGCCAAGAAGCUGGUGACGGAUUACAAGACGGGAAAGAUCGAGCACAUGUCCCCAUCUUUGUGGCAUGCCAAGAAGGUUGUUGACUCUACGCUGCACCCUGGUAUAUAUGGCCCUGGCAGAGUGCAAUCGUGACACCAGCUGACGAGAUACUGUGCAACAGACACCGGCGAGCCCGUCUUCUUUCCCUUUCGAAUGUCCUGCUAUGUCCUGACCAACCUCGUCGUGACCGCCGGUAUGCUUCAACCUGGCAUGGGUACAGUCGGCAUUGUUGGAUGGCAAGUCUUCAACCAGUCCCUCAAUGUCGCAUUCAACACUGCCAAUGGCAACAAGUCCUCCCCCAUGUCGACCGAAGUCAUGAUCAAGUCAUACCUCUCCGCCGUGGGAGCUUCUUGCUCUGUCGCUCUUGGUCUUAACGCCAUUGUGCCUCGACUCAAAGUCACACCGUCCACCCGCCAAAUCCUCGGUCGAUUGAUUCCCUUCGCUGCCGUUGCUACAGCCGCUGGCCUCAACACCUAUCUCAUGCGCCGGGACGAGAUCGUCAAGGGCAUCGAUGUUCGACCUGUACUGUCGGAUGAUGACAAGCAGAAGCUCAUCGCCGAAGGCAAGUCGGAACGAGACGUACCCUCGCUGGGCAAGUCUCAAUCUGCUGCCAAACUCGCUGUGUAUCAAACCGCAGCCAGUCGAGUCUUCACAGCGUCUCCUAUCAUGGUUCUUCCUCCUAUGGUCUUGUACCAUAUCGAGAGUAGGCAAGCUUGGUACAAGAACCUUAUGCAAAAGGCGUGGGUGCGCUCACGGCCAGCACUCGUCAAGGGUAUUCCCCUGGGUAUCAACUUGAGCUUGAUUGCCCUCACCUCCUUCGCCGUCCUUCCUUUCGCUCUGGCUGUCUUCCCACAGCAACAAGAAGUGAGCGCUGAGUCACUCGAGCCUGAGUUCCAUGGCAAGGGAGGUAAGAAUGGCAAGGUUGUUUUCAACCGUGGCCUGUAAACAGCCUCUGUUGCAUAGCGCAGAAACCCCUUUAGCAUGAUGGUCGUGAGAACGAUUGCACAUGAUGCCCAAUCUCUCGUGACACCAUGCUGUCUGAACAACAGUAGAGAGGUUUCCCUGAGAUCUUGUUGAGAAUGCAAGUUGUCGCUGAUUAACAAACCAGAAUAGCCUCAAACUUGCACGAAAGAAUAAAAGGGUUAAACAGCUUGUCCCUUUGUUGGUUUGAAAAUACAAGAGACAACGAGAACCGUACAGGCGGCGUUUAUAGUGUAGAUAGAGAUUCUUUGCAACUUUGAGAGCGUGCUAGGUCUGAAAUGUUAUGCAGGAAACACAAGUAAAGGAGCUUCUCAGAGCCAAAAGUUGCUCGCUUUAGCCACUAGAGCUAGACUUGACUGUAUCAUUAGAUAUUAGAUGAAUGGAUUCAUACAACACCCAUUAUAAAGAGCGCAAUAUGUUGUAAACUAUACACUUCUUGACCUAG